AUGCAGGGCGUCGGCUCCGCCUUUACCUCCGUCGCCGGCAUGGGCAUGCUGGCGGAGAAGUACCCCGACGACCGGGAACGGGGCAACUGCAUGGCCAUUGCCCUGGGCGGGCUGGCGCUGGGCGUGCUGAUUGGGCCGCCCUUUGGGGGCAUGAUGUACCAGUUUGUGGGGCAGAGUUCGCCCUUUAUCACCCUCGCCCUGCUCGCCCUGCUGGACGGCUGUCUUCAGCUGCUGGUCCUCCAGCCCGAGGUGGUGCGCGAGCAGGUGGCCGGCCCCUCCCUGCUGACCCUCAUCCGCGACCCGUACAUCGCCAUCGCCGCGGGAGCAAUUACCUUCGCCAAUGCGGGCAUCGCCAUGCUGGAGCCCUCCCUCCCGCUCUGGAUGAUGGACACCAUGGGCUCGAACAACUGGGAGCAGGGGGCGGCCUUCCUCCCCGCCUCCGUCGCCUACCUGGUGGGGACGAACGUCUUCGGGCCGCUGGGCCACCGGAUCGGCCGCUGGCUGUCCUCGCUCCUCGGUCUGGUCAUGAUCGCCCUGGCGCUGCUCAGUAUUCCCAUGGCCACCUCGCUCGCCGGCCUGAUCAUACCAAAUGGGAUGAUCGGCUUCGCCAUCGGCAUGGUCGACUCCUCGAUGAUGCCCAUGCUCGGCUACCUGGUGGACAUUCGCCACAGCUCCGUCUACGGCAGCGUCUACGCCAUCGGCGAUGUUGCUCUCUGCGUCGGCUACAUCAUCGGUCCUGCCCUCUCCGGCGUCCUCCGGUUCGGCUUUGGCGGCCUCUGCACCACCACCGCCUUCGUCUGCUUUCUCUUUGUGCCGGCGAUGUUUGCGCUGCGAAAUCCGCCUCCGAGGGCAGGAGGAGGUCUUGAGGUGGCGAACAACUGUCGGCUGAACCCCGAGGGCACCGUCAAGUAUGGCGCCUACUGCAACGAGGAGGAAGAGGAGGAGGGCGAGGCUGGGGCUGAAACUCUCCAAGGG